AUGGCUGAUGAGGUGAUUCUGUUGGAUUUCUGGCCGAGCAUGUUCGGCAUGAGGGUAAGAAUCGCACUUGCAGAGAAGGGUAUCGAGUAUCAGUACAGGGAAGAGGAUUUGAUGAACAAAAGCCCACUGCUCUUGAAGAUGAACCCUGUUCAUAAGAAAAUACCAGUCCUGAUUCACAAUGGAAAGCCGGUUUGCGAGUCUCUCAUUGCUGUUGAGUACAUUGAUGAGGUCUGGAAGGACAAAGCUCAGAUCUUGCCUUCCGACCCAUACCAGAGAGCUCAAGCUAGGUUCUGGGCCGAUUACGUUGACAAGAAGGUGAAUGCUGUUGCGAGGAAUGUGUGGGCCACAAAAGGAGAAGAGCAAGAAGCGGCCAAGAAGGAAUUCAUAGAAAUCCUUAAGGUGCUGGAGGGAGAGCUUGGUGACAAGCCUUAUUUUGGGGGUGAAACCUUUGGAUUGACAGACAUAUCUCUUAUUGGAUAUUACUGCUGGUUUUACGCGUACGAGACGUUUGGAAUUUUCAGCAUAGAGUCUGAGUGCCCCAAGUUGAUUGCAUGGGCCAAAAGGUGCAUGGAGAAGGAGAGUGUGUCCAAGUCUCUUGCUGAUCCUCACAAGGUCUAUGACUUCGUUCUGGGGAUGAAAAAGAGACAUGGACAAGAGUAA